UUAUUCUGCUUAUUUGAUUCUGAACUGGACAGAAAAAAUGCCCGAUCAGAAACCCGCUCCCAAGAAGGGCGCUAAGAAAGCGCUGCCAAAACCAUCAGGCAAGUCUGGCAAGAAGCGAAGGAGGCUGAGGAAGGAGAGUUACUCCAUCUAUAUCUACAAAGUGAUGAAGCAGGUUCAUCCCGACACCGGCAUCUCCUCCAAGGCCAUGAGCAUCAUGAACUCGUUCGUGAACGAUAUUUUCGAGCGCAUCGCUGGCGAGGCUUCCCGCUUAGCCCAUUACAACAAGCGAUCCACCAUCAGCUCCCGGGAGAUCCAGACCGCCGUGCGCCUGCUGCUGCCCGGGGAGCUGGCCAAGCACGCCGUGUCGGAGGGGACAAAGGCGGUGACCAAGUACACCAGCUCCAAGUGA